AUGCCCAAGGCAGAGGCCGGCACGGUCAAGCACCUCAACAACAAGCUCAAGUCCAAGGGCCUGCAACGACUACGAUGGUUCUGCCAGGUCUGCGAGAAGCAGUGCCGCGAUGCCAACGGCUUCAAGAUGCACACGCAGUCCGAGAGCCACGUGCGGCAGAUGCUCGUCGUCGGCGAGGACCCCAAAAAGUUCAUCAACGAGUUCAGCAACCAGUUCCUCUCCGACUUCGUCCAGCUGCUCAAGACGGGCCACGGCGAGAAGCAGGUGCACAUCAACCACUUCUAUCAGGAGUACAUCGCCAACAAGGAGCACAUCCACAUGAACGCGACGAAGUGGCCGUCGCUGACCGAGUUCGCCAAGCACCUCGGCCGCGAGGGCAUCUGCCGCGUCGAGGAGAACGACAAGGGCAUACACAUCACGUGGGUGGACAACUCGCCGGACGCGCUGCGCCGGCAGGAGGCGCUGCGCAGGAAGGAGGCCCAAAACCAGGGCGACGAGGAGGUGGAGCAGCGCAUGAUCAGAGAGCAGAUCAAGCGCGCGCAGGCCGCGCGCAGCGGUGAGGAGGGCGCGGAGCUGGAUGCCGAGGACCGUGAGCUCAAGAGACAGGAGGGCGAAAAGAUUACGCUAUCCUUUGGUAGCAGUAAGCCCAAGACGACGACGACGACGACGACAGCCGACAAGGACCCUACAGGGACGCCCAGUAAAGAUGAGAGCGAGGCCAAGGCUGAAGAUAAUGUUGCUGCUACCACCGCGACAGAGGCAAAGAAGCCUGGCGGCUUCUCCUUCAAGGCUGCCGGUAAGGCACCCGUCAAGAACGUCUUUGCGCAGGCCAAGAAGAACGCGCUGGCCGGUGGCGGCGGGAAGAAGGCCUCGGGGUUCGAGCAGCCAAAGAAGAUGAGCGAGGCGGAGCGCAUCAUGCGCCAGGAAAUGGACCGCAAGCGCGCGCGCGACGGCUCGGGCACGGGCAAUCCGCUGAAGAAGCAAAGGAGCAGCUAA